AUACUUUUUAAAUAUUAUAGCUUAAUAUUAAUUUUCAAUACUGAGUUACAAAGUAACAGUUUACAAAAUGUGUGAUACUGAAGAAACCAAUAUUUAUGGAGAGAAACUGAGUGAUGUUCUUGGUCACAGUGAAGAACACGACGUCGACAUCGCAGAUGAUGAUAUGUUACAGGAUAAUGCUCUGAACAGAGUGGCUAGCCUUCCAAUAGUUGCCUCUACAUGGAAUGCGAUGCAAAGUUAUUAUGCUACUGUGAAGAAAACCUAUCCAAAUGUUUCACCUUAUCUUGAGGCAGCAGAAAAUUUGACAGUUUCAGCAGCCAACCUUGCAUUGGAAACAUCCCGACCAGUUGUUGAUAGAUUCGGCAACACUGUCAACUCAUAUGCUAAUAAAGGACUGGACACACUGGAAAGCAAAGUUCCAAUCAUAACUAAGGAACCAGAAGAAAUGUACAACAUCACCAAGUCCACUGCUACAAGUUUGAUCAACAAUAAGGUGGAGGGUGCGUUGGAAGUUACAGAGAGGUACGUGGAGUAUUAUCUUCCCAAGGAUGAAGAUGAGGUGGUGGAAGAAUUGGAUUCUGAUUUAUCUCAGGAAGAAGAUGAGGAAGGGGAAGAAAAUGAUCCUGAAGCAAAGAAACAACCAAGUGAUCGAAUUCGUGAAAUUUCUAAUAAGGUACGACAAAGGUCCUAUAAGAGGGCCAUGCGAAAGCUACAUGGUGUUCAAACCAGAAGUAAGGAAGCACUCAGCAAGCUUAGUUUUACUGUGGACCUGAUUCAAUACGCCCAAAGUGGUUUGAAUUCAACCUCUGCUGGUAUAAUGGAUUCAGCAAACAGAGCAAAUGAAUCAGUUCAGAAUGGAAUGAAUGUUGCAAAAUCCAAUCUUCAAGUAGUCACAGAUUCUAUUAACAAGCAAGUUGAAGAAAAUGUUUUGAACCGAGCCAGAAUCCUUAGUCGGCAAUUAAGUGACACUUGUCAGUGGUCCAUUCGUUACAUACAGAACUCACCCCAGCUACAACCCCUUCUUAAAAAGGCCAACCAAGUGAAAGAUGCAUCUGAUGAUCUGUACCAAAUGUUUGCAAAUAAAACUUCAUUGUCCCAACUUCCCACCACCCUCAUGGUUUCAGCUCGUCCAAAGAUUCAAUUCGUUGAGGAAUCUCUUCUUCAGAUACUUCAGAAGAUGAGUGACCAACCUCCUAUUGCUUGGCUUACUCCACGUGUAGAUUUUGAUCCUUUUGCUGAGUUGUCCAUGGAGGAUAUAGAAGGGCAGUUAUUUGCCAGACCUUUGGAUGAACCUGCUGGCGAAGAGUCAGUCCCAGGAAGCCCAAUCUGCAAACAAGGAUGAAAAGUCUGAGGAGAAAGAGGUGGCAGAAGAAGAGUGAUCAUUGAAAAUAACAUUUUAAUUCAUUUCCAGAGUCACAUAUAAUCUUUUGUACAUAUAAUCAGUAUACUCUUGUGGCCAUGUAUUUCUCAUUGUAUCAUGUUGCAUGGCGUUUAAUAGCUUGGUGACUUCCUUUACUUUAUGUAACUCCCUAACCAUUUGGACUUAUUAAAUAACAGAUUUCAAAUAAAAAGAUGUGUCUAAUAUUA